AUGUCCGAGGCUGUCGCUGGUCCCUCCAAGCGCAAGCUGGAAGGGUACGACUUUUAUAGGAGUAUUGGGAGUCCAAAAUUCGUGGUCGCUCCGAUGGUGGAUCAGAGUGAACUGGCUUGGCGACUAUUGUCAAAAGCUCCUCUGCCGCCUGCUAUGGCUGGACCUUCCAUACCGGCGACAGCUGAAGUUCCGCAUACUCGACAUCAAGGUGGAGCUCACCUCACUUACACGCCCAUGAUCCAUGCUGGAGUCUUUGCGAGAUCCGUCAGGGAGUCGAAAGGGGGUGAUGGGCAAUUCGACUUGACAUUCGGUGAAGAGGGUAGCUCAGACACUCUAGCGGGUAUUGAGGGUGGAGACAGACCUCUGUUCGUCCAGUUCUGUGCCAACGAUCCCGAGGUUCUAUUAGCCGCGGCGAAGAUGGUGGAAAAGCAUUGCGAUGCGGUCGACAUAAACUUUGGCUGUCCUCAAGGAAUAGCAAGGCGAGGAGGGUAUGGAGCUUUUUUGCAGGACGAUUGGGAGCUCAUUCGUAAACUAAUCUCGACGCUGCAUGAAAAUCUCUCAGUACCCGUCACUGCCAAGUUUCGAAUAUUCCCAGACCUGGAGCGCACACUUGCAUAUGCCAAGAUGAUGCAAGAUGCUGGAGCUCAAAUUCUCACAUGUCAUGGUCGAACAAGGGAGAUGAAGGGUCAACACACUGGACUGGCGGACUGGAAGAUCAUCAAAGCGGUCAAAGAGCAUCUCACCAUUCCAGUCUUUGCCAACGGCAACAUACUCUACCGCGAAGAUGUCGAUCGAUGUCUAGAAGAGACCGGCUGUGAUGGAGUCAUGACAGCGGAGGGCAACCUCUCAAAUCCUGCCAUCUUCUUGCCACCGGAUCACCCGCAUUUUCACCCAUCCGUCAUAACACUCGCCAACCGAUACAUUGAUAUUGUCGAGUCCCUCAGCACUCAAACUGCUCUUUCAGCCAUCAGAGCGCACAUGUUUAGGCUAUUCAGACACGUCCUCGAUGAGGAUGAUGGUACUAUACGAGACAUGAUACUUCGAGCAAAGGCGCCGUACGGUCAGCCGCUGGAGGAUUUCCGUGAGAUAAUUCGGGCUUUCGAAGAGAAACUCAAGGAUGCAAAAGCGGCUGCUGGCCCGGACUGGAAAGCCGAACCUUUAGACUCAGCUACAGGGUAUCGUAAACUGCCCAGCUUUGCCGCUCAGCCUCUGCUGCGAGCUAUUCCAGAAUCGUCUGAAGUUGGCGGCAAUGAGGAGUUGGUGGCGGGGGAGCUCAGAGCUAGAUCGACUUCACCGCUACCAAACAUGCCCGUUCAUUGUGUCUGGACAGGACCCAAUCCCUGCCACGGUGUCGCCGCAUCUCGAUGUCCUACCGGCGCUUGCAUCAUACAUUGUCGCAUGAUCCGCGCCAUCGAAGAUGGAAUGGAUCCCCAGACUGCGUCUGACUUGUCCGCGCGAGGCGAGCUCGCAGGAAGAGGCUGCGAGGCCCACGAGGCAAAAGUGCUCGCUAAAAAGGCACUGAAACAGCAAAAGAAGAAGGUAAAGGCAGAGGCAAAGGAGUCGAUGCGUUUCAGGAAAGCAGAGGCAAAGCGAAAGCGCGUGAUAGCGAGGGAACGCCAGAGUUAG